CCUUUUCUUUUUCACUCUUCUUCAUACUCAAUUUUUCAAAUCGUCCGGCACCAUUCUCCAACUAAAAGAACCCACCCUCCUUGAAAUCCUCUGUCCUGUGCUUCAAUUUCUUGUUCUGCAUUCCAUAAAGUUUGAUUUUUUUAACAUUGGUUAUUUGGUUUUCUUAUAAUCUCAAAACCCCUUUUCUAGAUUUGAUAUUAUAUUGCGAAAUUUGUUACCAUUUCUUUUGCCUUUUGUGUAGAAUUGUAAAGUAUCGAACUUGAAUUUCUGGAUGUUAGGUUCAUUUAUAAUUUUUUUUUAGGAGAAGUUAUGGUUUGGUAAUUUGUUGUUAAUCUAAAUUUGAAAUCUCUUAUAGGAAUGACUUUCGUAGAGGUAAAGCAGAAGCUCAUGAGCGAGGUUGAAGCUCUAGGAUUCCCAAGGGCUCGAGUCGUUCGAGCACUUCAUAGUACUGGCAACGUCAGCUCAGAAGCUGCAGUUCAUUGGCUCAUUGAUCAUGAGAAUGAUCCCGAUAUCGAUCAAAUGCCCCCGGUAGCAGUUAACAUUGAUAUUGAAUCUCCUGAACCAUUUCAUAUCACAGAGGAAAUGAGAAGAAAAGCUAAGGAACUAAGGGAUCAAGUAGGGAAAGAGAAGGAAAGAGAAGAACAAAAGUUUGAAAGACAAAGGGAAAAGGAUAGAAUCCGUUCCAGUAAAGAACUACAAGAAGCAAAAAGAAUUGCUGAAGAAAUUGAAAGGAAACGCAAUAUUAAUUCUAGGCAAGUUGAGAAAGAGGAGGAGAAAAGAGCAAGGGAAAAAGUUGUACAAAAAAUUGAACAAGAUAAGAUAGAAAGAAAGAGGUUCGGUGGAAUUCCCUCUGAAAGGUCUGAAAGCCUUGCUACAAAAGCGACCGCAGCCAGAGCAGGGGAAAAGGAUGAACUUAGAUCACAGUCACUGCCAGCAACUUCAGUCAGUAAAGCAGUCUCUAUGAGAGAAUGUUUAAGGUCUCUUAGGCACCAUCAUAAGGAUGAUUCUGACAAAGUGAGAAAUGCCUACCAAACUCUCUUCAUCUAUGUCAGAAAUGUAGCCAAAAAUCCUGAUGAGGAAAGGUUUAGGAAGAUUCGACUCAGUAAUCCUCUGUUCCAGGAGAGAGUUGGGAGUUUGAAAGGAGGGAUUGAGUUUCUCGAGCUUUGCGGCUUUCGAAAAGAAGGAGAGUUUCUGUAUCUUCCCCGUGAUAAAAUCGACUUGGAGGCUUUAAACACUGCUGGAUCAUUGUUGAAUUCUGCAUUGACAAAUCCCUUUUUUGGUGUUCUACAAUCAGUUUGAGCUUAUCACUAGGUAAAGCCAGUUCAUUGCUUUUAACCAAAACCAACAAGAGAUGGCACAUAACCUUCAUGCUUUGGGAUUGGAAUUUGUAUUUAAGAAUAUAAUUGAAUUACUAUCAUAUAAUGAUUGUAUAGUAACAGAUUAUGAUUUGAACACAUAAAAUGAAGCAUUUUAGCUGAAUUUGUUUCUUA